AUGUUCUUCUCAAAACUAGGCCUCUUUGUCCUCAGCAGUGCAUCUGCGGUUCUUGGUGCCAACUACUCCAACCCACUGGAGCCUAAGGACGGUGGCGACCCUUCCAUCGUCUGGCACGAUGGAUACUGGUACUUCACCGCAACCAAUUACCGCGAUAUCAGCGUUCGACGUGCAACAACCCUCGAAGGACUCAAGACUGCUCUGCCAAAGACUGUGUGGGCACCUUCUGCCGAGUUCCCAUCUCGCCAAUGCAACAUCUGGGCACCCGAACUGCACCUCGUAGACGGCAAAUGGGUCAUCUUCUUCAGCGCAGGCGGCUGCGAGACCGAUUCAAUCCAACAAUCUCAAGUCCUGCAAGGCGGAACCUCUCCAUGGGACGCCUUCGACUUCCACGGUACCAUCAAUGCACCCGCAUGGUCGAUCGAUGGCACGCCCCUGACGAUCAAUGGCCAAAACUACUUUGUCUACUCCUGUUUCCGCGACGACACCGGCGAAAACCUACAAUCUCUUUGCAUUGGAAGAAACUCAGACAUCCUGACCAUCGGGGAAGAACACCUCCUUGCCUCUCCCACCGAAGCCUGGGAACGCAAUGGACAAAUGCCAGUCAACGAAGGUCCCUUUGCCCUCUACAACCAAAACCGCACUUUCCUAUCUUACUCAGGCUCAUUCUGCUGGGAUCCCUCAUACUCGCUAGGUCUACUCGAAUAUGUCGGUGGAGACCCCUUGGAGCAAAGCAGUUGGGUCAAGACUGGCCCUCACUUUAGCCAAGCAAAUGGCAUGUACAGUACUGGUCACAAUAGCUUCUUUAGCAGCCCCGAUGGCACGGAGACUUGGAUGGCGUAUCAUUCGUCGCCUAACCCUGCUGGCAGCUGUGGAGACAGGUAUUCGAAUGCGAAGAAGAUUGACUUCGAAGCUGAUGGAUUCCCUAUUCUUGGGGCUCCGAUUGCUGAGGGUGAGGUGCUGUGUGGUCCAUCGGGUGAGCCGCAAGCAUAG